GUCGACAGAAGCGGGCUGUUCCUUGCAGCAUCAGCGAGAUGAUGAAAAUGUUUAUGUACUUCCGGUGAAGAGUUCACCUGCUCCUGAAUGAUAAAGUAGUGGAGAUAAGGUGUGAAACAGAGAUGGAGUCCAGUGAGGAGGGGGGCCUCAGUGUUGGGGGCUCCGUGGGAGAAGAGAACUAUUUCCUUGGUUACACCUUCACAGAUCGCUCUCACUCCAGCCGUGUGGUGAAGAGCAUCAUGGACCUGUGUCUGGAGGAUGGCCUGUUUGCUGAUGUCACCAUCACCGUGGACAGCAAAGAGUUUCACCUGCACAGGUUGGUGCUUUCAGCACAGAGCAGUUUCUUCCGCUCCAUGUUCACCUCCAACCUCAAAGAGUCUCAUAACCGCUCCAUUGAGCUGAAAGAUGUCAGUGCCACCGUCUUUCAGCUGCUGAUUGACUAUAUCUAUCAUGGCACCAUAAAGUUGAGAGUGGAGGAGCUGCAGGACACCUAUGAGAUGGCAGAUAUGUACCAGCUGACCGCACUAUUUGAAGAAUGCUCCCGCUUCCUGUCACGGACAGUAGAGGUCAAGAACUGCCUGCAGGUGAUGUGGCUGGCAGACAGACACAGUGACCAGGAGUUGUAUACUGCAGCCAAGCAUUGUGCUAAAAUCCACCUGGCUCAGCUGCAUCAGACUGAAGAAUUUCUGAAUCUGCCUCUCUGUCUGCUCCUGGACAUAAUCAAAGAUGGAGUUCCAAGCUCUCAGAAUCCAACCACGGCAAUCGAGUCAUGGAUAAACCACAACAAGGUGGAAAGAGAAGAGUUUUCCUGUAUCCUCCAAGAGAAUCUCAAGGAAAUAGGUGAGAAUGUCCACAUUUACCUGAUCGGUAAAGAGGAGACACGGACUCACUCUCUGGCUGUCUCACUUCACUGUGACGAGGAUGAUGCCAUUAGCGUGAGUGGACAGAACAGUUUGUGCCAUCAAAUCACUGCAGCCUGUAAACAUGGCAGUGACCUCUACGUGGUCGGGGGGUCCAUCCCUCGCCGUAUGUGGAAGUGCAAUAUGCACACCAUGGACUGGGAACGCUGCGCCCCUCUGCCCAGAGACCGCCUUCACCACACCAUGGUCUCUGUCUCCACUGAGGACGCUAUCUACUCACUAGGAGGUAAGACACUACAGGACACACUCUCUAAUGCCGUCAUCUUCUACACAGUGAAGGACAACAUGUGGACAGAGACAAACCAGCUUGACACUGCAGUGUCCGGGGCUGCGGGCGUUAACUUGGGCGGUACCAUCUAUCUGCUCGGAGGGGAGGAGAAUGACAUGGACUUCUUUACUAAGCCGUCUCGACUAAUUCAGUGCUUCGACACCGCCUCACAAAAGUGUCAGAUCAAGCCUUACAUGCUGCCGUUCGCCGGCUGCAUGCACGCUGCGGUUCACAUGGAUGUGAUCUUUAUUGUUGCAGAGGGAGACUCCCUGGUGUGUUACAACCCGCUGCUGGAGAGCUUCACCCGCCUGCGCUUCCCUGAGGUGUGGAGCUGUGUUCCUUCCCUUUGGAAGGUGGCCAGCUGUAAUGGUUGCAUUUAUGUCUUCAGGGACAAAUGUAAGAAAGGAGACGCAAACACGUUAAAGUUUAACCCAGCCACAUCUGUUGUCUCUGUUAUCAGAGGGAUAAAAAUCCUCCUCACAAACUGGCAGUUUGUUUUGGCCUGAACACUCCCGAACUCACCGCAGACAAUCAGGGAAGACUGCUCGAUUACCAACAAUGACUUUACAGCUCAGAUGACUUGCUGUAAAUCUGUUUACAUAACUGGUUCUCUGUCUUCACCAUCAGAUCUCAACAAAACAAGUUCAGCAGUGUGUCACCUGGUUGUAUAACAGUGUGUCUCAUUGUAAAUCCCUUAGCUGAGAUGUACUUUGUGGUGAUGCUGUAACCAGUGAUAAAAUAAUCAACAUUGUCCUCUGUGUGCUGCUUGUUUUUGAUUUGCAUGAACAAUUUUACUAAACAUAAAACAUCUUUCAGUACAGUGUAUGUGAACCAGUGUAUCCUGAUGAUGUCAAAUGUGCAUAAACAUGAAAACAGGGUUGUUUUCAAACUUUUUAAGUUUUCAGUCUAUUGUUCAAAGAUUGUAUUUUCUGGUGUACAGUGUACAUGUUCAUGUUAACAAAGUCAAAUAUACAUCUCUGUUGCUGCAA